AUGGCUUCCAGGAGAGAAACUGAUAAUUCAAGGUUCAUCCAUGGCACUAAAAGAAUGAGAAUCACUUGGAAUAGGAUUAGCAGUGAAGAAAAUGAGUCUUAUACCAAUUCGCUCACACAUGGAAUUGGGCCACGCAUUGAGGAUGGAUCAAUCGAAGAUACACAUGGCAAGGGUAAAAUCUGGCAAGCCGAGAUGGCAAAACGGAGAUGGCAAAACAAAGAUGUUCACUUGGCUCAAAGAGUAAAUGGAACUGAUCUAUUCAAUGCAGGAAUUCAACCUGCCAUUAAUGUAGGUCUUUCCAUAUCUAGAGUAGGAUCCGCAGCUCAGAUGAAAGCUAUGAAACAAGGAGCUGGAAAAUUAAAAUUAGAAUUAGCUCAACUUGCAGAGUUAGAAGCUUUUGCACAAUUCGCUUCUGAUCUUGAUAAAGCUACACAAGAUCAAUUGGCAAGAGGUCAACGAUUACGCGAAUUGCUCAAACAAUCUCAAUCAGAUCCUUUAGCAGUGGAAGAACAAAUAGCUAUGAUUUAUACUGGAACGAAUGGAUAUCUAGAUGCAUUAGAUAUCGUACAAGUUAAAAAAUUUAUCCUUAAGUUGGGCGAGUAUUUAGUAAAAAAUAAACCCCAGUUUGGAGAAAUUAUACAUUCUACUGGGAUAUUGACAGAACAAGCAGAAGGCCUUUUAAAAGAAGCUAUUCAAGAAAAUAUCCGAUUUUGA